AUGUCAACUUCGUUCGGCAGUUCUGUCGUGAAGCGAUCCGAACGGGGAUCAGAAGUCAAUGCCGUCUUCACCGAAGUGGGACAAUAUUUCGGCACUGCGUUCUUCGAUAUGUUCAUGCAGCUGACCAUCGCAAUUGUCGAGUCUUUUGCACGGAUAUGUGUGGACUGGCGGGAACGGCUCAACUUGGUUCGACGGCACAGUCGUGAGGCGAUCUCGAACGGGGAUCACAAGUUGACGCCGUCCCUAUCGUUACCGGCCCAUUUUUGCUUGGAGGACUUUUCAAAACUCAAACUUGAAGGCUCCACGUCCUCAACUGUAAAGAUGGAAGGAGGAUCACCACAGAGCCGACGAGACCGGGACUAGUCACCAUCGCAACGGUCCAACCGGGAAGCACGCAGCCGCCUAUCCUUUGAGCGGGCGGUCCGAUCAGGGACCAGGGAUAGUUUCGGCUCGCAAAAACAGCUCGCCGACAUCACAGGCGUCUUCAACUGCCGAAAGUUCGGAAAACUGCGGGACCAGGAAGAACGUGUUCAGGAAAGUGCUUCUCAGUGGAUAGCGGCGAGGAUUCGAUUUUUAAACCAGAUGGCCUAUGGUUGA